AUGGAGCAUCAGUACCCAGGCCCUGUCGGCGGCGACGAGCACAUGUUGGCUGAGUUGAUGUUGCCCGAUCAAGCGCAUGUGCGAAGUCAGGAUUGGACAAUUUUCUUUUUGCACAAAGACGCUGGGACAGAGGAAGACGAAGAUGACGGCAGAAGGAGACGAAGACGCAGACGGCGGAGACAGGAACUGGAUGCAGAUGCCGACGAUGAGGGCGAGGAUGAGGCCGACUCCGAUGAUGAGCAAUGGGAAGGAGAUGAUGACGACUCCUCCGAUGAUGAGGGAACUCAGGAUGGUCCGCCGCUGGUAUACGUGCUCAAUCUUGUCAACACGAAACAGGACAACACCGUCAAGCGUGGUGCCGUGGUCAAGGCCAUGGCAAUCUGCACGCGACACUCAUUCCUACACAUAUACAAGCCUCUACUGCUACUGGCCUUGGAGAUGUAUUUUGCCAACCCACAAGUCGAGACGUUGGCGAGUCUGUACGAAGCUGUAAACAGCAUGGAUCUCUCCCUCCUCCCACGUCUGAACUUUCUUGAGAAGUCGAUUCUGCAGGGCAGUGAUGCAAAGGACCUAUUUCUUGAAAAGUUCGAGACCAUGAUCACCCAGCGCAUGGCCGAAAGCGCGGAGAAAGAUGGAGCUGCAGUCUCCAUGGAGCAAUCGGGCACUUCCCAGUUCCAGCCAAGGGCGAGAUAUGGGCUACCACGGGAUACACAUGAGUUUGAAAGUGUUGUCCACUACGCCAACAUACCAGUGCCGGUCAAGAUUCCCACAGCAGUGAGCCCGGAGACGGUUGGAGACUUUAGUCUAAUCAAGCUGAUUACGACUUUUAGUACACCUCACGCGACCUCUCCGGUUCCGUUCAAUCCCACACAUCCGCAUCUGACAACUUCAGGAGCAACAACCCAUCCCAUCAUAGUUUUACUCAAUGCACUAUUGACGCAAAAGCGGGUCAUCUUCCUCGGCCACAAUCUUCCCAGCUCUGAAGUUGCAGAAGCCGUAUUGGCUGCAUGUGCUCUUGCAUCGGGAGGCCUUCUCCGUGGCUUCACCAGACACGCGUUUCCCUACACAGAUCUAACCAAAAUCGACGAUCUUCUAAAGGUACCAGGCUUCAUCGCUGGGGUAACGAAUCCCGCAUUCUCUCUCAAAACAGAGUGGUGGGAUGUUCUCUGCGAUCUGAGCACAGGCAAAGUUCGAAUUUCCAACCGCAUCGAGCAAGCCCCUCUUACCGAGGGCGUCGCGUUCUUCCAUCAGAACACCCACCAGCCAGGCACAAUAGCGGCCGKCGGAACGGGCAUUGCCUCUUUGGUCAGCGCCGGAGCAAGCUUGUCCGCCGGCUUGGGCGGUAAUACUGCUCCAAAUGGCAACAUGAGCGGCGAUGCUACUGGAGAUGGUAUUUUCAUGCAAAGCGUUUUGGCAGGUAUCAACGAGCGGCAUGGCGAAAAUGCAAUCAGGAGCAAAUUCCGCAGAUGGGUUGGAAAGUUCACACGACUUGCGUCUAGCUUCGAGGAAACUGUCUACGGCGCCAGCGCGUUGCACAUUCACAAUAUCGACAGUCCGAAAGUCGGCUUCCCUGCAACGGACUCGCCUGUUACGUCUCCAGGCGGAAGGACAGAUUCUGCGCUCCCGCCAGAAGUCACCGGGCAUGGUUACGUCUGGCCCACCGCCCAAGCGAAGAAUAGCGAAUUGGCUGCCAACUCUACAAGAAUAGAGGGCUGGCGCAACACUCGAAGUUACUACAAUUUCAUCCAGGAUCUCGCGGCUCUGUACACACAUCGUCCUGUCAAACAUCUGGAUCUGCAGCAUCUUCACGAUAGACUGGCCAAGUUACGGCUCGGGCAAGAUCAAAGUGCAAAGAUCUACUUGGCAAUAUGUGAUGCUGUCAGCACAGAGGGCGAGAUCAACCAGCUGCUUGCAGUGGUGGCUAACGGCAUUUGGGAGAACAAGGCUGCUGGCAGUGGAAGCGGGCAGACUCCGGGCUUGUUGUUCAUCGGCAUGGGACUCUUUCAUCCCAGCCGGGAUGUCAGGGAGACGGUCGCGGAGCUUUUGGGACGCAUAAAGGAGCAUGAGGCUGGAAGACACUUCUGGGCGACUCUCGGUCGGUUUGUUAGGAUUGCAUGGGAACGAGUCAUGAAUUCUCGGGUCGACAGGAUGGAAAAUGGUGGAGCAUCGGCUGCUGUUGCGGCUACCACUGGRGCGGUGCGUGAGAGUUGA